UGAUCUGUCCUGAGCUGUCCUCUCGUCUGAUCGGUCCUGUCGCCCUCCUCGCUCCUUUUAAAGCCCGCCCCGCCCACCGCAUCUUCCCGGCGAGCACCUCCUAUUUUGAGCCGUCUCCCCAGCUGCCGAACUCGCCUCAGACUACUCUCAGUCGUCCUCCUGGAACGCUGCUUCCAUCUGUCUUUCCACCCUCUCCUCUCUCCCCUUGACCUGCGUUUGAUACCGCCGCUGUCCUCUGUCGCCAUGGCCGUGCCCCGCAAGACCGCCCGCUCUGUCGAUUCGGCCCUGGAUCUCUCGGCCUCGCCCUUCCCCGCCAACAUCAACACCAACAACCUGCCCUUCAAGGGCCCCUACCCUCCUACCAAACCCUCCGAUGUCGGCUUCCCCACCCUCCCCAAGAGCGACGACUUCAUGUGGGAGACUUCGGAUGAGCCCCACGCCACCCGCCGCAAGAUCAUUCUCCAGAAAUACCCCGAGAUCAACAAGCUCAUGGGCCCGUGCCCAAAGACAAAGUACUCGGUCUUCUUCCUCGUCACCACCCACUUUGCCCUGGCCUACUACCUCAGGGACAAGAUGUGGACCCUGCAGUUCUGGCUGCUGGCCUACUUUGUCGGCGCCACCAUGACCCACUCGCUCUUCCUCGCCAUCCACGAGAUCACCCAUUUCCUGGCCUUCAAGUCGCCUCUCUACAACCGGCUCCUGGCCUCCUUCGCCAACCUGCCGAUCGGGUUCCCUUACUGGGCCGCCUUCCGCGGCUACCACCAAGAGCACCACAACAUGCAGGGCGUCGAAGGCAUCGACACUGAUCUUCCCACGGCUCUCGAGGGCCGCCUGUUCAAGUCGACUCUUGGCAAGCUGUUCUUCUGCACCUUCCAGAUCCUCUUCUACGCCCUCCGCCCCAUGAUCGUCAAGCAGCAAAAGUUCACCAGCUGGCACGUCUUCAACUGGGUCACUCAGUUUGGCGCCAUGGGUGCCAUGAUCUACUUCUGGGGCAUGAACCCGUUCUGGUACUUUGCCGUCUGCACCUUCCUCUCGGGCUGCCUGCACCCCAUGUCCGGCCACUUUAUCGCCGAGCACUACGUCUUUGUCAAGGGCUUCGAGACUUACUCGUACUAUGGUCUCCUGAACCUCCUCGCCUACAACGUCGGCUACCACAACGAGCACCACGACUUCCCCAGAAUCCCUGGCUCUCGUCUCCCCGAAGUCCGCCGCAUUGCCGCCGAGUUCUACGACGACCUGCCCCAGGUCAAGUCUUGGGUCAUGACCAUCGUCAACUUCAUCAUCUUCCCCCACAUCACCCCAUACAACCGUGUCAAGCGAACUGUCAAGAAGCAGUACACCAAGACCAGCGGCGACGCCGAGUAGAUGCAUGGAGGCCGCCGCGGCCUGGCGGCUGGCAAUGUCACCGUCGCUGUCCGCGUGCUGAGUCACCCCCCUCCUCUGAUCCUUCUAUCACCCUCCUUCUCUGUGCAUCAAUCUCACCAUCCUCCAUCUAGAACCUCGAGAUUCUCCUAUGGGA